UUAGUAGAUGGGGGUAGAAUAAAACAAUGGGUAUUGAGAAUGGCUUUGAGUAUGAAGUUACAUUUUGGAUUAUGUAUCAAAACUAUCAAUACACCCUGUCACUCCAACAUACAGGUGUCCUUCCAAGCUCAGUUGAUGGAGAGGAAGGAAACCACUGAGGGAUUUCACCAUGAGGCCACUGGUGACUUUAAAACAGGUUUUUAAUGGUUGUGAUUGGAGAACUGAGGAUGGGUCAACAACAUUGUAGUUACUCCACAAUACUAACCUAAAUGACAGCGUGAAAAGGAAGCCUGUACAGAAUGAGGCACUAAACUAAUAUUGAAAAAAAUGUACUUUUGGUCCUGAAUACAAAGCAUUAUGUUUGGGGGCAAAUCCAACACGUCACUGGGUACCACUCCUCAUAUUUUCAAGCACGGUGAUAGCUGCAUCAUGUUAUGGGUAUGCUUGUCUAGAGUUCAUUUUUUUGAUCAAAAGAAAAGGAGUAGAGCUAAGCACAGGCUAUGUCUUAGAGGAAAACCAGGUUCAGUUUGCUUUCCAACAGACACUGGGAGACAAAUCCACCUUUUAGGAGGACAGUAACCUAAAACACAACAGUGGUUAGCUAGCUUGGAGGAAGUAUUUAGUGUUGUGGGCAUUGCGUCUGUCACUUCGGUAGCUACCAUCCCAUAGCCUUCACUGCCUAAGAAGUGUGACUGGCUCAUCGUGGAUGUACAGAGAAAAUGCCCCUCUUUAUGCUCCCCUUCGUGGAGGUUUGUGCUCUCUGAUUGGCUCAAAGUCAAGUUGUUGGCUACUGACAACCAUUGCUGUAGGUUCGUUGCUACCGGUUCGGCACGCAGCAGGUAGCGCGUUUGUUCUAGCGAGACAAGAAACGGCCUCCUACUGUAAUAAGUACAUAUUGGCAGUCUAUCAGCAGCAAGAUUAUCGUGUUUCAUGCUUUAGGGUUAGUAUAUAGUUAGCUUAAAUGUUACUGAUAGUCUAAAGAGCAUCUACAGAUGGACUAUCCAAAUAAACUGUUAGUCAUUUCAUUUAAUUUAAUUUAACCCUUAUUUUACCAUGUAAAUUGACUGAGAAAACAUCCUAAUUUACAGUAAUGACAUGGGUAAUAGUUACAGGGGAGAGGAUGGGGGAUGAAUGAGCCAAUUGGAAGCUGGGGAUGAUUCAUCCUUAGUUAGUUAUCAGUCGACUUAAAACUCUGGACAAUUUUAGUCUAGUUUUAGUCACUUAGUCAGUGCGUUUUGUCUAUUAAAUAACGAAUAUUUAGGCUACCUCUAAUUUCCACCACGUGCCUUGUCCAACUAGGCCUCGUAUACCUUAGCUGGCAACAUUUGAUAUUGUGGCAGAUUAUAACCAAUGCCAGCCGUAAUUAACCAUAUAGUCUAUAAAGGCUUGGCUACAGGUUAAACAAUUUACAGCUCUAAUUUUCUUUCCAUCAUAACCGUCAAGGGGUUAAAUUCCAGUGGUUUCAUUGAAAGGGGGAUUUGAGUUUUACAAAAAUGCCAGAAGCAUUACUGGACUUUUAAUAGUCAACAAAUAGCAUUAAUUUUUCCCAUAUGAAAAAAUUAACCACAUGUCGCAUUUCCUGACUGCAGCAUGAGAGCGGCAACACAGAUGAAUGAAUAACAGCGCACAUGGGGAAAUAGCUUCUGAUGUGAUCAAAGAGUGACUGAAGUGACUGCCUGGUGGCUGUGUGGCAGAGCCGGGCAGAUCAGCUCAAUCAGACCGCGCAACUGAAAUGUGUCAAUUCUGCCAAUGAGAGGAUUGCAUGAAAUAUUUUGCUUGCAUGUUUCUGAUUGUACAAAAUGUAUGAAAAAAUGCUUCAUGACAAAUUAAAUGUCCAUUAUGCUGUUGUGGAAUUCUCUUUUCGUCACAUUUUUGUUGACUAAAAUGAAAAGGUAAUGGGUUUUUUUCACAGGGCGCCACGUUAUCAUAGUUCUAAUCAGGAAAAAUAGGUACUUGACGAGUAUUUUUCGUCAUAGUUAUUGUUGACGAAUUGAACAGUGUUUGACUGGACCUAGAUCAGAUGGGGAGGGAGCAGGACAAGGAGUCAGACAAACUGGCUCUACUCAGUGAGGUGGACAGACACCGCAGGCAGAUGCUCAGGUAAAAUAGCAUGGUAGGAGUGUGGAUUAGCACGGUAGGAGUGUGGAUUAGCAUGGUAGGAGUGUGGAUUAGCAUGGUAGGAGUGUGGAUUAGCAUGGUAGGAGUGUGGAUUACUGCUGUUGCUUCAGUACUGAAUCCAGUCUGUACUGCAUAAACUGUAUGCAAGCAUCCCAAUGAAACGGUGUGUUUUCUAUCCCUACAUUAACCAGACAGUAUGGAAGAAAGCCAACCUGGCCAGUAAACUGUCGCUGGACAACCUGGAGAAGGAAUCUCUUCUCUAUGGAGGAGAUAGUGAAUUUAGACAACGAAAGGUGACCAAAGAGGGCCUGGCCCAGACGUCCAGUGACAUCACAGAGAGCCGGAUGAGCAUCAGCCAGAUGAUGUCACAGCAGGUGACGCAGAGCGAGGAAUCCAUAACCAUGCUGGCAACCUCGUCUCAGGCAGUCCUGGAGAUGAAUGAUGAGUUUAAGACCAUGACCGGAACCAUCCAGCUGGGGAGAAAGCUCAUCACUAUGUACAACCUCAGGGAGCUCACUGACAAACUGCUAAUCUUCCUCGCUCUCAUACUCUUUCUCACCGCGAUCUUCUACAUCCUCAAGAAGAGAUUAUUUUUCCUCCAGACCAGACACAACUAACUUUAACUAAGUUACUUUUAGAGCAACUUUGAUUCGAGUAACUAUGAUCAUAUAAGAUAAUUUAUGACAUAUGUGAGUCAUGUGAGAUAAGUAUUGUAACAUUAACAUACUGCUUAUGAAUGUAAAUCCAAAUCAACAUUUUAAAGACUUGUGCACACACACAGUAGAAAUGGCUUUGGGGAUAAGCCUAUUUUAAACAUGAUUUGUUCGUCAUGGAAGGAAUAUCAGCUGUUUGCAAUACUUAGAGGAAAGUUUGAUGGUUAAUGUAACCAAUUGUUAUGAUUAUCAUGUUACUGUAUUAUUCCAUCGCAGGAAGUUAAAGCUGUUGCCCAGUUAUUUAUAUCCUGCUCUGAAAGAGAAAUAAAUGUAUUGUAGUAGUUGCCUUAUUUAAUGCAGAUAACAUUUUCGCCUGACCAUUAUUUAAAGUAUAGGGAUGCAUGUCAAUGUGUAACACAUUCUCUGUAAUGUAAUCAGUUUUUGAACAAAACGUUGACUUUAUUAAAUAGUGUAAAAAUAAACAAAAAUGAAUCUCCAAGCAGCAGUGUGGACAUGUAGGAUGUACAUAUCACCCACACAAGUUUCAGUGACUCUGGUCUAGCAUCUGGUCGUCAGUAUUUCCUUACGGAGCUAGCUGGCUUGGCUCAGCAGUGGUGAGGCCUGCUCUCAGUAGCUGGCAGCAGGUUGUACUGUACUGGGUACAGUGCUGACCAACCAGGGCAGAAAAGCUAGCAGCAGGGUGAACAGUACUGGGUACAGUGCUGACCAACCAGGGCAGAAAAGCUAGCAGCAGGGUGAACAGUACUGGGUACAGUGCUGACCAACCAGGGCAGAAAAGCUAGCAGCAGGGGGAACUGAGCAGCCCAGGCACCAGGGCAGAAAAGCUAGCAGCAGGGGGAACUGAGCAGCCCAGGCACCAGGGCAGAAAAGCUAGCAGCAGGGGGAACUGAGCAGCCCAGGCACCAGGGCAGAAAAGCUAGCAGCAGGGGGAACUGAGCAGUCCAGGCACCAGGGCAGAAAAGCUAGCAGCAGGGGGAACUGAGCAGCCCAGGCACCAGGGCAGAAAAGCUAGCAGCAGGGGGAACUGAGCAAGCCCAGGCACCAGGGCAGAAAAGCUAGCAGCAGGGGGAACUGAACAGCCCAGGCACCAGGGCAGAAAACAAAUCUGAAAAGUUGUGGCAGUAAUCACAUAGUCACCGAUAAGGAACCAUGCAUCUCUGCCUUUCUUCAGAUAAGACCCAGAAAAGCAGAUUACUCUGACCCGUAUCCCUCUCCUGCUCCCUUUCUUUCCACCGGGGGUGGAGGGUGGGGGGGUAUUUUUAGGUUGGCGUGGACCUGUUAUCUGACGUUGCCUUUUCAACACUUUGUAAGGGAUGUGUGUAGAGGGGGGCUGGUAGCUGCAUGACCUCUCCACCCUCUUUAUGGUGAUGGUCUCACAUGUAAUUUGGGAAAUAUAAAUCUGUU